CUGGAUACCAAUAAUAGUAUCAUGCAUAUCAAAGGCCGGAGUGGCAGAUCAUGAUGUAAUCAUAUUGAAAGAAUAAUACAUUUCUAUUUAUAUUGUGAUCUGUUCACUAGAUCAUAUUACUUCAGGUCAUACACAAGGGAAUGGCUGACAGUGACAAGCCGGCAGACAACACCGUGUCGCAGAAUGCGGGCGGUGAUGGCAUACCACGUGUCAAAAGCGAAAAAGAAUUGAAGAAAGAGAAAGCCAAGCAAGAAAAGCUGGCUAAGUUUCAAGCGAAGCAGGAAAAGCUGGCGGCACAGAAACAACAGCCAAAGAAGGAGGGGGAGAAGAAGAAAGACAUUGUAAAAGAGAAAGUGAAAGUAACAUAUGAUGCUCCAACAAAACCAGGAGAGAAGAAAGAUGUCAACACCUCCAUGCCUGAUGCGUACAGUCCCCAGUAUGUGGAGGCGGCCUGGUACGACUGGUGGGUGCAGUCAGGAUUCUUCAAGCCGGAGUAUGGGGGCAAAGAUUUAACGAAGCUGAAAUAUGAGGACAAAUUCGUGAUGGUGAUCCCCCCUCCCAAUGUGACCGGUUCCCUACAUUUGGGUCACGCCCUCACCAAUGCUGUAGAGGAUUGUAUUGCAAGAUGGCACAGGAUGAAGGGGAAAACAGUGCUGUGGAACCCAGGGUGUGAUCACGCUGGUAUCGCCACACAAGUAGUAGUCGAGAAGAAAUUGAAGCGAGAUAUGGGAAAAUCCAGACAUGAUCUGGGCAGGGAGGCAUUUGUAGAACAUGUGUGGAAGUGGAAAAAUGAGAAAGGUGACAGGAUUUAUCACCAGCUGAGGAGGUUAGGGGGGUCCUAUGACUGGGACAGAGCGUGCUUUACAAUGGAUCCAAAACUGUAUAAGGCUGUGACUGAGUCCUUUGUGCGUUUACAUGAUGAUGGGUUUAUCUACAGAAGUGUACGCCUUGUAAACUGGUCAUGUUCUCUUAACUCCGCUAUUUCUGAUAUCGAGGUGGAGAAGAAGGAAUUGACAGGAAGGACCAUGCUUGCCGUACCUGGGUACAAAGAGAAAGUGGAGUUUGGAGUUCUGGUGUCGUUCGCCUACCCAGUGGAAGGAUCAGAUGAAAAGAUAAUAGUUGCUACAACUCGUAUUGAGACCAUGUUAGGAGAUACGGCAGUCGCUGUCCAUCCCGACGAUGACCGGUACAAACAUCUACACGGAAAGACGGUCAGACACCCGCUGCUGGACAGGGUGAUCCCAAUCGUCACAGACAGCUUCGUUGAUAUGUCAUUUGGAACAGGUGCUGUGAAGAUCACCCCUGCCCAUGAUGUGAAUGAUUAUGAUGUUGGUGUGAGACAUAACCUGCCCUUUAUCACUAUCAUUGAUGACAGUGGAAACAUCACUAAUGACUGUGGGGAAUUUUCUGGUAUGAAGAGGUUUCAUGCCAGAAAAGCUGUGCUGGAGGCUCUGAAAAAGAAAGAUCUUUACAUUGAGACAAAGGACAACCCCAUGGUAGUGCCAACAUGCAGUCGAUCAAAAGAUAUAAUUGAGCCCCUGCUGAAACCACAGUGGUAUGUGAAGAUGGAGAAGAUGUCUCAGGAAGCUGUAAGGGUUGUGAAAGAUGGAGAGCUCAAAAUUAUUCCAGAGAUGCACAAGAAAACAUGGUAUAAUUGGUUAGAAAACAACAGAGACUGGUGUAUAUCUAGGCAGCUGUGGUGGGGCCAUCGGAUUCCAGCAUACUUCAUCAGAGUAAAUGACCCAGCUGUACCCGCAGGGGAGGAUACUGAUGAUAAAUACUGGGUGUCUGGGAGAACUGAAGAUGAGUCCAGAGACAAAGCCGCGAGCAGAUUUAAUGUCACCAAGGACAAAAUAUCUCUCACACAAGAUCAGGAUGUAUUAGACACAUGGUUUUCUUCAGGAAUAUUCCCAUUCUCCAUUUUUGGAUGGCCUGACAAGACCCCUGAAUUGGAUGUGUUUUACCCUGGCGCACUGUUGGAGACUGGACAUGAUAUUCUCUUCUUCUGGGUGGCUAGGAUGGUCAUGAUGGGACAACAACUGAUGGGAAAGCUACCAUUCAAGGAGGUAUACUUGCAUGCAAUGGUCAGGGAUGCACAUGGUAGGAAGAUGUCCAAGUCGCUGGGUAAUGUAAUAGACCCCCUGGAUGUCAUCCAAGGCAUUUCACUAGAGGAUCUACACGAGAGGUUAAAUGAUGGGAAUCUGGAAGGAAAGGAAAUAGAAAAGGCGAAGGCAGGGCAGAAAGCUGAUUAUCCGCAGGGUAUACCGGAAUGUGGGACUGAUGCCCUGAGAUUUGCUCUGGUGGCCUAUACAUCACAAGGUCGGGACAUAAACUUGGAUGUACUUCGUGUGCAGGGCUACAGGUUUUUCUGCAAUAAACUUUGGAAUGCUACUAAAUUUGCGUUGACCGCUCUGGGACAGAACUUCAAACCUGAUAGAUCAUUUCAGGUAAGUGGGAAAGAGACAGAGAUGGACCGCUGGAUCUUAAGCCGCCUCAGUCUCGCUGUGGAGCUCACUAACACCGGAUUCCAGAACUAUGACUUCCAGUCUGCCACCACAGCCUGCUAUAACUUCUGGUUGUAUGACCUCUGUGAUUGGUAUCUUGAGUAUAUGAAACCCGUGAUCUAUGGUUCAGAUGAAGGCGCCAAAACUGUCACCAGAAAUAUACUGUAUACUUGUCUGGAUGGAGGGCUACGACUCCUGCAUCCAUUUAUGCCCUUCAUCACAGAAGAGCUCUACCAACGGUUACCACGGCGCACUGAAGGCUGUCCACCCAGUUUGUGUGUAACUCCAUACCCAGAAAUCAGUCAGUUUUCCCUCAGAAAUGUUAAAAUAGAAGGGGAAGUGGAGUUUAUGCAGAAUAUUGUGAAAUCUCUGAGGUCUACGAGAUCUGACUAUUUACUGACAGGGAAAGAUAAAGCAGAAGUGUACAUUAAGUGCAGGGAUGAACAGACAGCUGAGAUUGUAAGACCACACGAAACUCUGAUCCAGGCAACAACAAGCUGUAGCGCUCUCCACAUAGUCACCACGGAGGAGCCACCGGAAGGAUGUGCCAUACAGAGUGUCUCAAUCAACUGCCAAACUCAUCUCAUGCUCAAGGGGCUGAUUGAUUUUGAGAAAGAAAAGGGGAAAUUGGAGACCAAGAAAGAAAAAUUAGGAACCCAGCUGUCUAAACUCCAGGAGGUUACUGCUGUGACCGGAUACGAGGAAAAGGUUCCAGAAAAAGUCAGGACGCAAAACACGGAGAAGAUGAAUGAAAUCAAUAUUGAAAUGGAAAAGAUCACGGAUGCUUUAACAACAAUAUCAAAACUGCAAUAGGAGAAGUUUAAUGACUGUGUCAAUGUGACGUUUUUAUGGGUGAUCACCGUAUUUCCUUUUUUCCGCUAUUUAUUGUACUUUGCAUGGACAUAUACAAACAUGAGACAAAGCAUUGCUACUUGAGAAGAGAAUGAUUAGACAGUCAUAAUGUAACAUAAGCCGUCGAUGUAGAGUUUGUGAUAAUAAAUGUCUGGAAUUAUA